UUCUUUUGAUCUGUGGCAGCAGACAGAAUGUUCAUUACAAAAACCACCAAGUGGCUGCAGUGUAAAUUUAUCUAGUAGUGUGUUAGAUGUAUGUUCAGUUACUCCUGACUGUCAUGGUAUUACAUGUUGCCUUCCGUUCAAAUUUAUCAAUGGACAACGGAUGACCAACGUUACAUUUCACUUCAUUUCUUGCAACAAAUUAGAAUACAGCAUUGAAAGAAAAGUUUGGCAGAAAAGUCUUGAAGCAGAUAAAGUAGUGACAGAGAAUAUAGGUGACACUUUCCAGUAUAACUACAGCUUAUCAUCAGGAUUUGAUCCAUCAAAAUAUGCAGUUACAGUAGAUCUACAAGUUUGUUAUCUGGCUGAUGAAUUUUGUAGGACCUUCAGAUUAUUGGAUGCUACUAAUAUUGCAUGUUCAUCAACAAGGAAGAAGAGACGUAAAAGAUCUACUACAGAGCCCCAGGUUGCAGAUUUUAAACAGGGAAUAAGAAUUCUAAUGCAAAGGCAGGCUUCUUCAACCGAAAUAAAAGAAUAUCUUGAAGAAGUGGAAAAAUAUGAGCUGAGCAUGAUGCAAGAAAAUCUUAAAGGAGCUGUGCUGCCUGACACUGACACAAAAACAGGCAUGAAGUCUGCUAUGAAGGCUCUUGGAAGGAACAAUCCUGCUACAAUUCCUAUAGCCAUUGACUCACAAGCAAAUGAAUCAGUUACAGGAGGUGAUGUCAUUCAAGGCAUAUUAGGAACCACAUCAGACAUUCCAGGGAGGACUAAACAAACAUUUGUUGUUGGACAUGGUUUGACAAAUGCAGGAGUUAGACUUCUUGGAGAGAAGCUGGCUAACAUGACUAUUGGAGAUAUAGAAAAUCUGCUAGAUAUAAAAAAUGUAGAUCCAAUUGAAGUAUUCAAACUGAUUGAUCAGCUGAGAGAUUUAUUUAAAGCUUUGUUAUCAGAAUUUUUGACAGAAAUAGUAGGCGGAGAAUCAGAUUUUUUCAAAUCAGAAGAUCUUGUAAUGUGGGGAGAAGUUCCAUUGCCUAGGCGUUCAAAAAAGUUUCAAUAUCCUCCUGGAGGUGCUGGGCAGAUACCAAUUGCUGGAAUUAUUGUUUUGAGAUUUAGAGUUGGUGUUGGUAUAUAUUAUGGUGUGAAAUUCCGAGUAGGAAUCAAUGUUUUGGGAAUGAAUGGAGCUGCUGAGAUUGCACCAUAUACUGGGAUAUUGGUUUACGGAGAAGUAGGAAUUGGAAUUGCCAUGUUGUAUGCCAAACUAAGACUUGAGGGACAUAUUAUGGAUCUGAAAUUUCCAACCAGAGGAGAGAUCUCGUUCAGUAAAUUUCCUCUCGAUGUUGGAAUUACUAUGGACCUUGACAUGACACCUAUACGACUAAAGUUGAAAGUAUUGAUAACACUUGAGAUACCCUUACUGUUCACAUCUAUAAAAGUAACUUUGUUCAAGGCAACCAUUUGGCAGUUUUCAUCUCCAACUAUAAGACAAAAUAUCAUUAACAACUGGAAGAAAGAAAAAGAUCUCACUGGCCCAGUUAUAACAGAGUUUAUUGAUAAACCAGGCACUAAAAGGGAGAAACGUUCCACAACGAAUUGUUUGGUAAGACAAAUUCCAAAUCAGGAUUACACAGAGCCUCAGUUUGAAAUUUCUAUCCAUGCUGGUGAUGACAGAAGUGGGGUCAGGUUAUACCUAGAUGUGGGAACUGUACCUGGGGAAACAGAUGUGUUGAACAAGAGAGAAUUGGCAGGCCCUGCAACAAUAUUGUCAGAAAAACUAGCAGCAACUGGUGUUCCACUGUAUUUUACUGUAACUGCUGAGAAUGACUCGGGUCAAAAGUCAACAGCUUCAUGUGACCUAUAUACAUAUGAUAUAACACCACCUGGUGGCAGAUUUGAUGAAGAUUACAAGACAACCAGUAACCCAUCAGUUAUUAAAGCUUCAGUGACAGUAUAUGAAGAUUCAGAGCUUGUAGAAACUAAAGUGGCAUUAGGUUAUGGGAAGGACAUAUGGGGUGAACAGAUUGUCCAAUGGAAUGAUGUGGAACUUGACCAAAGCACUAUAAAUCAUAUUACAGCAGAGUCUGAUCCUCUUAAUCGUAAGGUUUUGGAGAUGUUCACUAGCCCACGCACAGGAAAAUUAGUUGGACCGAAAGCAGGCAAGGAUUCUUCCCAACAUUCUCCUGGAGAUUGUGCCAGAGCAUGUGCUGAUUUACCUCCAACCAAAUGUAUGAGUUUUAAUUUUGAUUCUGCAGACGGAACAUGUGAACUUGUUGAAGCAAUCGAGGGAUACCAUUUUAAAAGAUCCCGAUCAGGAUAUUUUUCUCAUUAUGAAAGAUUAGGUGUAGGAAAGACUAAACAGUUCAACUUUGACCAGCUACAGUUACCACACAACAAGAUUUUCUUUGUGAAUUUCCUUGUAAGGAAUUAUCUUGGAUAUACAUCCAUAAUCAACACUCAAGGUGUCCUUGUUGAUUUGACUACACCAAUCACAGGAGAAAUAAGAAAUGCUAGUAGAGACACCCUUAAGCAUGCCGACUGUCUGUCUCUCAUACCUGAAGAACAUAGACCUGAUUGGAUUAUGCGUUGUAAAGGGAUUAAUCCUGAUAUAAAAAAUCACAGAUUGAUAGUAGAUGGCCCAGGCUCCAAAGCAGUUUUCAAUGGUAUGGAGCCAAUGAAAGACCUCCUGUUCACAAGAUAUAACACAUACAUUACUGCUAACUGGGAUGGAUUCAUAGAUAGAGAGAGUGGACUGUUGGGUUAUGCAGUAUUUGUUGGAAAGAGUGUUUGUGAUGAUUUGAUACAUAAACAUCAUGAUCCACACAAACAUCUCUUUGAGGUAUCCCAGUGGACUCAUACUGCUACAAUUUAUCCUAUUCCUGCUCCAUAUGAAACACUGCCAGAUGGCAAAUAUUACAUAUCUGUGAGAGCAUUAAAUAAUGUGAAAUAUGGAGGUCCAUUGGCUACAACUGUUUGUCAUUCAAUACCACUAACAGUAGACAACUCACCUCCUUUAAUCUUGGAAAUUUAUGAUAUAAGAUACAAUGAAAGUACCUUCACCAUCACAGCAAAGCACAAUUCUAGUGAUCCACAUUCAGGAUUGGCCUACAAUGAUGUAUGUUUAGGGAGAACAAGGAGAGAUUGUAUUGAGAUGAGAUGGACCAGACUUUCAUUUGAUCCAUAUAUUACACUUGUUAAAAUUCUAACUGAUGGUGUACCAAUCUGGAUUAAAAUCAGAGCAAUCAAUAAAGUUGACUUGCGUACAAUUGUUGUUGCUGAUUCAGCAAUUAUUGUGGACAAAACUGCGCCCUAUGCUGGAGCUGUGAUGGAUGGACCUUUUCAUGGUGAAGACUUAUUAUACACAAAGUAUUCAGAUAGAAUAUGUGCCAAUUGGUUACAUUUCUAUGACCCAGAGUCUGGUAUUGGAUUGUAUUUGGUCAGUGUUAGUUCUGUCAAACAGAUAAAUGUAACAGACAUUGCUAACUUGACAGAGUACAGCAGGACAACACAUGAAGCUUGUGUAGAGCUAACUCCUGAAAAUUAUCUAGAACAUGGACAUACUUACUUCACCACAGUGUGGGCAUUUAAUGGUGCUAUUAAUCAGAAAAAUGUGUCCGCUAUUUCAAAUGGAGUGACUGUAGAUUUAACAGAGCCAGUUUCUGGUCAUGUUAUUGAUGGAAACAAGACAGAUUUUGAAGAUAUCCAGUUCUCUGGUAAUGCAGCUAAAGUGGAGGUUCAAUGGAGAGAUUAUUAUGAUCCUGAAUCAACUAUUAGACAGUAUGAUGUGCAAGUUCAAGUAGCACUAAAUUUAACAGACAACUACAAUAUCAUAAGAAAUUUUGUGCCAUUUUCUAACACAACAGACAGUGUAAAAUGGUUGAAUUUUCAAUUUCAACAUAAAGAUAAAGUAAGAAUUGACCUUCGUACUACAAAUGGAGCUCACAACUCUAUAAUCACCUCGACUGAUGGCUAUGUUGUAGAUAUUACACCACCAAAGCUAUUGCAUCUAGGAGACGGAUUUGUACAACAUAAAGAUCUAGAAUUCCAGUCAGAUGCCAAAGGUCUUUCAUGUAAUUUCAUGUUUAUUGAUGAAGAGUCUGGUUUAGACCAUUUCCAAAUACAGAUUUACAGACAACAUCAAAGUAUUAGAUCUCAAAUUGUUCCAGCAACUCGAAACGAUUGGAUACAGCUUGAUGAUGAGACCAUACAUGAAUUCACUGACUCCAGUCUAGAUUUACUACAAGGUGCAAUAUACAGUAUAAGAAUAGGAGCUGUCAAUAGAGCCGGAUUUGUGGCAGCUUUUGAAACAAAUGGUGUAAAAAUAGACAGAACUCCUCCAAUUGUUAACUGGCUUCAUGUGAACACUUUGUCUGAUGAUGAAGAAGAAAUUGUAGAUGACUAUGUGUGGCAAGCUGAUACAAGUGGUAUAAAGGCGACAUGGCAAGCUUUAGAUCAUCAGUCAGGAAUUAUCAGUUUCAAAAUAGCUGUUGGAACAACACCAGGUGGAAUUGAAGUGAAGUCAUGGACAGAUAUAGGAUUAAAGAAAGAUACAUAUAUAGAUGGAUUGUCACUAGUAGUAAGUGAUAUUGACACCAAGACCCCAGUAUAUUAUGUCAGUUUAGUGGCAAUAAAUGGAGCAGGCCUGGAGAGUUCACCAGUGGUGUCUUCACCUAUAGUGGUAGUUGAAUCGGAUAGACCAGGCAUAGUUAUUGACGGUACAGAUGGAACAGACCAUGAUCCUGUAUUUGACAUUGGUGUUGACAUGGAUUACCAGUCUGACAUUUCUACCCUCAGCGUACAGUACACAGGCUUUGAGAGCCAUCUCCAUGGUGUCAUGGACUAUGAAUGGGCUGUAGGAACAACUCCAGGUGGACAAGAUGUCACCACAUUUUCAUCUGAUGGAAUUUUACAUGUUGAAGAGCAAACUAUUGCUGGAGAUGGCAUUUCAAGCUCUGGAUAUGCACAAGUAAAUGCUCAGCUAGAACCUGGAAAGACUUAUUAUUCUACCAUCAGAGGUAUCACUAAUGCUGGAAAUAUUAUUGAGUCUGUAUCAGAUGGAAUAACUGUAGAUGUACUACCACUAAACAUUAUUUUAGAUAGACUGUCAGAUAAAAGUGCAGUUGAUGGUGACAUAGGACCAAGUUCUUCGAUGUAUAAAAGUACAGCUGACUCCCUGUCUGCCAUAUGGCACUACAAUGACACAGAUAGUGAAGUAAUAAGAGCCUGGUUAUCUGUUGGGACAUAUCCAUACGCCGAGGACAUAUCACCUAGAACUAAAGUGAAUAUAUCUUCUACACUGAGCAGUUACUUAGAAGCUGGCUCUGUCAAACCUGACAUUUCAGGCAAACCUAAUAUAAUCAGUAUCUGGGCAGAAGACAAUGCUGGCAUGAUUAGUAAAACUAUGUUUGGUUCAAUUAUCAUUGAUACCAGUAAACCAGGAACUGGAUAUGUAUCUUGUCCAGAAUACAUUGGGAUGGAGAGUCCAAUAUUGUGUUCCUGGUCAGGAUUUCUAGAUGAAGAGAGUCCUAUACAGAAAUUCAUGAUCACUCUUGGAUCAGAACAAGGAUCAUCAGAUAUUUUUGAAACAACUCUCAGCGGAUUUUUAUCUUCAUAUAUCAUUAAAGGAGUUAAUUAUAGAUUAGAUCAUGGCAGAUCAUACCAUGCUACAGUUACAGCAGCGAAUUCAGUUGACAUGGAAACAUAUGCCUUUUCUGGAUCCAUCUCCAUUGAUACAACACCACCUAAACAUGGUAAAGUGGUGGACCUACAUACAGUCUACAGAAUCAAUGUCAAUGACAAUAGUGAAACUGUGGCAAUGAAUGCUAAAAUCUGCAGUACAGAUGAAGAAUGUGAUGCAUUAGAUGCUGUAUGUUCAGAGUCCCUCACAUCUGUAUCAGCCACAUGGCAGCUGUUUACUGAUGAUGAGUCAGGAAUUACUGGGUAUCAGAUAGCAGUAGGUACAACACCAGGUGGUGCACAGAUUAAAGCUUUCUUUGAUGUUCCACAAGAUGCUAGAUAUUACACAGUGUCUGGUCUUAGUCUGAUGGGAUAUAGAAAGGUUUAUGUCUCUAUCAGAGGAACAAAUGGAGCUGGGUUAUCUAGUGUAGCCACUUCCAAUGGUGUUUAUAUCUCAUACCUAAGUCAGGGUCUACAACCACUAUCACAUAUUGGCAUCAAUGAUGUACUAGACAACUCUGAUCAUGAUGUAGAUUUUCAGGAAAGUUAUGACACACUGGAAGCAUCAUGGGAUUUGUCAGGUGACCCAUGUCCAUCAGUAAGAAAUGAAUGGCUUAUAAAAAAGUUGGAUGGAAAAGUUGUUUCUGAAUGGCUUGACAUGGGUGUUGCAGAAAAUGCAAUGUUAGAUGGACUUAGUCUUAGAGGUGGUGAAUUAUAUUAUUCUUUGUUACGAGUGACAAAUGCAUUAAACUAUACUUACAUCAUAAGAUCCAAUGGAGUUACUAUUGAAGAAGAUCCACUAAUUCCGGGCAGAGUGUUUGAUGGAUAUAUUCCUGGGUUUGAUUUGAACGUUCAACCCUCUAGACGUAAAAUAUCAGCUAACUGGGAUGGUUUUGGUUUACCAGCAUCUGCUUAUUUUCAGGCAGAUGUUGAAGGCAAUCCAGGAUAUCAAACUAAUGACUCAAAAACAGCAGACCAACCCAAUGCUCAGGAAAUAAUGUAUUACGAAGUAGCUGUUGGAACAGAUAGAAGAUUUCCUAUAACCAGAAAUAAUAUUGUACCUUUUACCAAUGUUGGUUUGAACAAAUCUGUUACGUUUUAUGAUCUUAACCUAGCAUCAGGAACGGCAAUGUAUUAUUUCACUGUGAAAGCCUACAGCAUAUCGUAUUCUAUUGCUACCGUUACAUCUAAUGGUUUCCAUGUUGGGUAUGAUGGUGGUGUUGAAGGUGGAUCCAUCAUCAUGGGAGACUUCAUCAACAAUGAUACCUAUGUAGACAUACAGUUUGAAGGUUUUACAUCUAAGCUAGAAAUAAUGAUGUAUUAUGUGGGAAUAUCGAACAACACAGGAGCAGUAGGAACAGAUUGUAAACAAUAUAUUGAUGGACAAAAAAGUGAUAUCAAUGAGAAAAAUACAUUUAAUGUUGUACCACUGCUUAACAUAAAUAAGAAUACAUUCUACAGUCUGACAUCAUUGCACUUACAACCUGGAGGAACCUACUAUGCCUGGGUUAUAGCAACAGAUGAAUCGGGAGACUGUGGAAUGAUAAAUCACAAAUUCACAGUUGACACAACACCUCCAUUGUAUGGUGCUUUGACUGCUGGACCAUUUUAUAACAUGGAUUUGGCAUACACCUCAGACAAUUCAACUAUUCGAGUUCAAUGGACUAAUUACAGUGAUCCUGAGUCGGGUCUAGCAACAUAUGAAGUUUCAUUAUGGAAGAACACCUCAUGUUAUUUCAGUGCAGAAGAGAUAUUGGUAGUUAAUUUGAUAGAACUGACCAGCAACUAUACAGAAUACAGCUUUGUCAAUUUAAAUCUUACAAUGAACAUUCCGUAUACAGUUCAAAUACAAGUCACAAAUGAAGCAGGACUUUCAAUUAUUGAGAAAUCAUCACCAAUUUUAUAUGACCCUUCCAAACCUGUAUCUGGUACUAUAGUUGAUGGUCCAAAUUUUGAAGCAGGACAAGUUUGGUUUAGUUCAACAGAGACAAUAACAGGUUCAUUUUUGCACUUUGCUAAUCCAGUUGGUUCAGCAUGUCCAACAAGGUUGAUUUCAAUGAGCAAUGACACUGACUGGCAAAAACUGGAAAUUAUUGAUCUUAAGGAUCUAAGUGGCAAGAAAUGGUCUCUUCAGUAUCAACCAGCAAACAUAAAUCAGGAUAUUUAUGAUGAUACAGUGUCAAUAAAGCUUGCAAGAGACCAGAAAAAACACCAGAUGUUGACUGGAGCAUAUUUCAGACCUGCUAGUUUCAAAAAUGGAGGCACAUAUCAUAUUUCUGUGAAACCAGCAAGAGGACAUGGCAUUGCAGUGACAGAAAUUUUGUUUUGGGAUGGACCAGAUACUGUUAUUUCUACUUAUGAAUAUAAUGAAGACAUUGACUGGGCUUCAUCUGUUUGCCAGUGUUGUUUAAUAGAGCCAGUGCCUGAGGAUUGCAACUACUGCAAUUGCUCCAGAUAUUUAUCUGAUAAAUACGGAAACAGCACACUGCCUUCAGUACCCAGUACAACAGUAGCUACAACAGAUCAGACAACCACAACUCCAGCACCAUAUGACAUAGUCAAUAAUCCGUCUGACAGUGAUGUUUCAAAACCUGUAGAUACUAGUACACCGUUGGCUCAAAAGUCCUGUGGCAUUCAGAUUCUGUUUGAUCAAAAUUCAAAAAUUGUGACUUGGUGUCGGUUCUCCAAUGGUAUUUUCCCAGUUAUGAAGACAGCUGUUGAUUACAACAUCACUGGAGAAUUUCUCAACCUUAAACUAAUAUUUAAACCAGAGAUGGAUAAUGCAGUUGAUAUUUCUUUAUGUCUUGUGGUUUUUAUUAAUGAUGAGGAAAUAAAUGAGCUCUGUGGAAUUCCUCGUAUGAGUGAAACAACAAAACUGGUGCUGCAUGUUUUCAAUCGUGACAAUUAUGUACCAAAGAUUACAGAUAUAUUCAAUGUAUUCUCUACGAGGGCAAUUUUCAAAAAGCUUAUACUACCACCACAAACUGGUGCACUUUGUCGCUAUGGUGAUCCAUUCAGAGGUGAAACUAACCCUAUAAUAAAAUAUGAAGUUGGUAUUGGGAGCGACAAGUUGUUUACAGAUAUUGAACCCUUUAGGAAAGUUAUAGAACCAUGUAUCCCUUGCUUUGGGGAAUGUUCAAAAUACAACUGUGACCAGAAGUGCAACCUGGAUAAAGUUAUGGACUACAGUUUUACUUUGACAAACUUGAACCUAAAACCAUAUGUCAUUGAUAUGAAUGAAACAGGACAUUCAUAUAAUAAAACUAUAAUAUACUAUCUCACAGGAAGGGCUAUGACUGGAUCUGGAGAUAGUGCUGUAUCCUCAUCUUCAGGAUUUUAUAUUGAUAUCACAGGUCCCCUGUUUGACCUUGACAUUAUGCUGAAGUCCCCAAUUUAUAUUGAUGAAACCCGAGGAGAGUUUCAGCCAGUCCGAUUCCAAGCAUCAAACAGCACCAUUAAAGCUUUUUGGAGAUGUACUGAUGAUGAAAGUCAAAUUAAGGAAAACUUUUGGGCAAUUGGUAAAACCCCUGGUGGAACAGAACUUCAAGAAUUUCAAUCAGUUGGCCUCAAUGUAACUGGCAUUAAUUCAUCAUUUGAAGGCAUUCUCCAACAUAACCAUACAUAUUAUGUGUCUAUUAUCUGUAUCAAUGGAGGUGGGAAACCUACACAAUGGAAUGAUAAUUAUGGUGUUGUUCCUUUGUUAAAACUACCAGAAGUGGAUGAUUUAAACAAUACUGUCCUAGGAGAAGUUAAACCAUUUGAUGAACCAGUGAUACCUCUAGAUGCCAUGGAGAGUUCAGAUCCUGAUAGUAUAGGAUUUACAUUUACUGUUAGUGAAGAUAAAACCAUUAACAAAUAUGAUUUGUGUAUUGGAACAGAUGUAAAUAAAGAUGAUAUUUUCCCCUGUGCAUGGGUUGGGUAUAACAUAUCAGGAUCUGCUUCUAUCAAAGAUGGGUAUUUGUUAAUUGAUGAUAUUAGAGUAAGAGCUCUGUCAGAACUGCAGAACAGAUUUUGGAAUGUAUCUGAGCAGCAAAGACAGAACAAAACAAGUGUAUUCCAUAUGGAACCUGGAAGGACAUUGUUUCUGACUAUGAGAGUUUGUAAUGAAGCAGAACUCUGUACUAACAAGUCAUUAGGAAGUGUACUGAUAACCAAUACAGAAUCAAUAAUAAAAAGAUCAGAACAUGGAGAAUCUAUUGAAAUUGUAGAAUAUGUUUCGACAGACUCUACAAGGAGAAAGAGAAAUGUAGAAACAAUCGUUGUAACAACUCCAGAAGGGUUGAUACCAGGACAGGCAAUUGUACUUCAGCCAAUAUCUGAAAAAGAUCUAACAACAGAAUACAGAUCUGAUUCUUCAACUGAUUUUCAGCCAUAUAUAGUCAACCCAGAAACUACCCUGGAUAUGGUAGAAAGAUUAUUGUACAAGAGAAUACAUUCCUUUGAAAUGACAUUUUCUGUGAUACCAGUUGGUCACCUGUCUAUGCCAGGACCAAUAAAUAUCACAUAUCCAGAUACUGUUGGCAAGAAUGAAGAUACCAGAACUGCCCUAGCUCACUGGAAUACUGCUCUACAGCAAUGGCAGUUGAGUAGUAUGACAUGUGGUAAAGCAUUGGAAAUUGAUAAUGGAGAUGAAACAAAGAGUGUUGAGGUUUGCAAAACAUGGGGAGAUGAAGUAGAUGAAAUCAAUCAAACUGACAAAUCUGUCUCAUAUUUCUCUGGAGAAACACAAUUUGCUGUAUUUAUUAUUUCAAAUAAAGUGUAUAAUUCUCCACCAAUACUGACCAGUGACAGGUUCAUAUCCAUCAAAGAAGAUGAAGGUACAUUACAAUACCAGUUGGAGGCAACUGAUGAAGAAGGUGAUGUAAUCAAAUUCAGUCUGGCAAGUCAGACAUAUAAACUUGGUAAACCACUGCUUUUUGAGGAUGGAAUACUGCUUUAUACUCCAUGCACAGACUGUUCAGGUGUUGAGACCAUAGCAAUCAUCCUUCAAGAACUACAGACCAAUGAUGAUAUACCCCCAUCCAGCAGUGAAUCAACCCUUGUCAUUACCAUUAUAGAUUCUAAUGACCCACCAGAAAUAUUCCUAAUCCAGUAUGGUCAAUCUAUUUUAUCAUCUGAUCCAACAGAACCAGUUUUGGUAUAUCUAGAACAGAAAAACAUAUUUAACCUGAAUAAAUGGACAGAGGAAUUCACUGCUGUAAUAGGAGCAUUUGAUAUGGAACAACAAGAUCUCUCUAUGAAUGUACAAAAACCUCUGCAUGGUACACUUAUGUUUACAGAUGAAAAAACAACAGCACCCAUGACACUGAAAUGUGAAACUGCUGUAAAUGUAGUCAGUGAACCGUGUGGUAAUUUUAGCAAAACUUUACCAUACAACAAGGAUGCAGUAUAUUGGCUUUACAACACUUUGUUCUAUAAUCAAAGUAUGAAUUCUUCUGGAUUUGACCUGCUGAAAGUGUACUUCUCAGAUUCAAUGACUAUAUCAUCAACUGUUGUGACAAUACAGUUCAUAUUAAUGGAGUCACCUUGUCAUAAUGGUGGAUUAUGCCAGCCUAAGAAUGGCAGUAACUACCCAUGUACCAGUACCCAUAGAGCAGAAAGUUUUGACUUGUUUUAUGACUGUGUCUGUUUACCUGGAUAUUCUGGUGUAUACUGUGAAGAAAAUAUUGAUGAAUGCUUAAGUUCACCCUGUUUAGAUACAUUGGAAUGUAUAGAUGGCGAUAAUAAAUAUGAAUGUAGAUGUCCAAUAGAUAAUCCUGAUUGUGAAUCCAAGGAAACCACUGAAGCUUUGAAUUUGGUUUCUAUUAUUGGAAUGAUUAUAGGCUGUAUAUUAGUAAUCAUAAUCAUUAUUAUCGUUAGCAUUGUCUGUAAAGUAAAUUACAGGAAGAGAAACAGAAAUGGAUAUGAACCUCCGGAUACAACUCAUCAGAGUCGCUCUUCGAAACCUAGGUUUUGUUCGUCAGAUUUAAGGAGACAUGAUAAUCAAGAGGCAGCUCCAGAUCUUGUGUUCAUUCGAAUGGAUGCUGAUAAUAGGAAAAUAAAAGCAAGAGACAGUGCACCCCAAAGUGUAAGAGGAACUAAGAUCCACCCUGCUUCUCUUGUUUUGAAAUCAGGGCAUUCAUUGAUUGGAAAGAAACUUCAGCCAAUGAUCCUAGAUUAUAAAUCAUCUGUAACGGAGGUGUCUGUACCUUAUCUGGCUAAAUUGGAACAGGAUUGCCCCCUGACAAAUUACUCACUGGAUGAAUUGGCAACAGAAUUUAGGAAGAUUACAGGAAAAAUCAUGGAAGAUGUAAUGAUUUUAGCAAAGAAAGAAUUAAAUCUUGAAAAUGCCCAAAAGCUCUUGCACCAAACUAUAUUGUAUGCUAAUGAGAUUGGUGGCCCAACAGGGUCAGCCUUUCCUACUGAAACAGCACUGCAUUGGGUGGCCAGUAUAAAUCCAGGUCCAUCAACUUCAGCAUAUUAUCAGUCAAGCAGUGGAACUCCUUCACAGUCACCUGAUAAUGGUAAAGGCAAAUCGAAGAAGAAGAAGAAGAAAAAAAAUCGUUCCAAAACCACCAUUAUUUAACUUUACAUCUGCCCCAGACCACCAAGAAUCAUGAAUUAAAUCAGUCAGAGGAAACAAGUUUUAUUAUACAAAGUUGGAGAUAAAUAGUUAUCUGAUUUAAAGCUUAUUGCUGAAAACACUGAAAAAAUGCAGAUGACAAUGUCUUAGUUAUAUACAAUAAACACUGAAACAUGACAGAUAAUUGUAAAUCAAAGUCAUAUGAAACUUCAAAUUAAAAAAAAUGUUUAAUAUUUAUCUAAUAUAUGUACUCUAUAUCUUGUUGUUAUGAACUCUUAAAUAGGUGUUGGUUGUUUUGGAGGUUUUUUUUUGUAUUUUUGUAUACUUGUUUACAUACAACAAUUUAAUUUUUUUUUAAAUGACUUUUCAAAGAUUCUAAAUAGUUUUGGAUGGCUUGGAUAAAGUGCAACUCAGCCUUAUAGUAUGAUGAAUGUCAAGUCUGGAAAAAAGAGUACCUGUUUUGUGUAAUCCUACAGUUUUUGUGGAGCAUUCAACUCUUGUCGCAGAAAGCUAGACAUAGGGAUAGUGAUCUGGCGGUCAUGCAGGCAUUAACAAACUUCUCAAAAGCUUAAUAUUUCAGUAAGUAGAAGACCUUGAUCCUUCAUACUUAGUAUAUAGAUGGCUUAUGUUAUGAAGUUUCCGUCUGUCAUAUGUAUAUUGUCCUUGACCUCAUUUUCAUGGUUCAUUGAUCAAUGUUGAGUUUUCCUGAUUAAGUUUGUUUCUGAAAUAUGCAAUAGGUCAGCUACAUUUAAAGCAUAUUUCAUGUAUGGAAUGAUUGUAAGAUGUACAUGUAUUUCCAGUUUGGUUUAUCUUACUUUGACCUCAAUUUCUUGGAUCCUGUUAAGUUUAUGUGAUAGUUGUAGUAAAGCUUUAUAUUUAGGACAAUCAACAUAAUAUCAAUGGUUAGUAAAGAAGGCGAGACAUUUCAGUGUGUGCACUCUUGUUUUCUACAUUCUUACUUUCUACAAUUGAUUAACGUUGAAGAUGAGCAUUACAACUUAUUGUCAUGUGGAGAAUUUUUGCAGAUUUUACGAAAGAUUACACUAAGUUAUGUACCUUAUUUGUGUACUGUAGUUUCAUAAAUUUUUGUGAACUUUUUUUAUUAUUGUGAAAUUUACUACAAGUUAGGUUUUGUAAAUUAAAAAUAAAAAUUUUGAUAGCAUUA